CCCUGAAGCUGACAAUCUCAAAGUUAUGGAUAUUCUAAAAUUGAGCUAUGACCACCUACCUGCUGAUCUAAAGCGUUGUCUUGAGUAUUGCUCCUUAUUUCCUAAGUCCCACUUGUUCUACAAGGAAGAGUUGGUCAAACUCUGGAUAGCUCAAGGAUUUAUACAAUCAAGUGGACAUGAUACAAUGGAGGAGGCUGGAAAUGCAAAAUUUUGUGAGCUCGUAAUAAGGACUUUCUUUCAACAGAUCUUAGUGCCCCGUAAUUUGUUGUUUCAGUUACUAAAUACUCCGACGGCAAAUAUGAGAAAGUUUUUAUGUAACGAGUUUAUCCAAAAAGGAACAACCCAAAAAUUGCUUGAACAUGAUUCUAUAAAAUUGAGAUCCCUGGGCAUCACUGUCGAUGACUUUCCACAAUAUCAAUCCUUUGACUACACAGAGAUAUACAUCAUGCAUGAUCUUAUCCAUGACUUGGCACAAUUAGUGUCAAGCCCCAAUUGCUAUCAGGUGAAGGAAAAUGAGUUAUGUAGUUUCUCUGAACAAUCUCGUCAUGUGUCCUUACUCGGGAAAGAUGUCCAGGAGCCCGUGUCGGAGAUUGUCAAUAGAGCUACCAAGUUGCGGUCACUUCUACUGCCUGAGUCAAUUGAAGCUAACUCGAGUGGCCACUUGAAAAACUUUGGUCAAGCCUUUCAUAAAGUCUUUCAUUCAUUGAAAUACAUGCGUGCGUUGGAUCUUAGUUCAAGCCUGAUCUUGGAAUUGCCUGAAUCAAUUGAAGAGUUGAAGUUGUUGCGCUACCUCGACCUCUCUAGAACAGAAAUCAAAGUUCUCCCUAACUCAAUUUGCAAUCUCUUCAAUUUGCAAACAUUAAAACUCUUGCGGUGCAUUUGGCUUUUUAGUUUGCCCAACGACCUAGGAAAUUUGGUUAAUCUUCGACAUCUUGAGCUUGAUGAUAUGUUCUGGUUCAAGCUCUCCAUGUUGCCACCAAGUAUGGGGAACUUAACCGGUCUCCACAAUCUGCCCGUAUUUCAGGUUGGCCGCGAGAAGGGAUAUGAAAUCGAACAAUUGGAGAAAAUGGCUCAUCUUUCUGGAACAUUGCAUAUCUCAAAGCUAGAGAAUGCAGCUAGUGCAGGAGCCGCCAAGUUGAAUGAGAAGAAGAGCCUUCACAAGUUGGUGUUUGAAUGGAGUACUGAUAGAGUUGUCAACACACAAGAUGAAGCAACUGAAAACAGUGUACUAAAAGAUCUACAACCCCACUCGAACCUCAAAGAGCUUCAAAUUAUACGUUACAGGGGCAAUGAAUUUCCUGUUUGGAUGAAAGAAGGGCAGCUCCAACAUUUAGUCAGUCUUACCUUGAAAGGUUGCCUAAAAUGCAAAACCCUCGAUCUAGGUGAUCAGUUACCCAAUCUUCGAGAGCUCUACAUCAAAGGUAUGCAGGAGUUAGAGAAAUGGACGGAGGUUGAAUGCCGUUCCCUUUGCCGUCUAAAGUUUUGUAAUUGUCCCGAGCUAAGGGAUUUGCCUAGCAUCUUUCCAAAUUUAGAUUACUUGAAGAUCAAGAGCUGUAAUUCCUUAAGGGCUCUUCCAGUGGUCCCAUCUUUGCAGAUUCUAAAACUUAUUAACAAUCUUAUUCUGGAGGAUUGGAAUGAAAAAGUGCUGGAGCAGGUGGAAGCUAUUAAUGAUCAAUAUCAACGUGAAACCAUGAGGGACCGUCCCUCUUUCAGUCGAUUGGCAACACUGAGAGUAAAAAGCUGCCCCAAGCUGCAGGCCUUGCCACGGCUCUUCUCUCCACAAAAGCUGGAGAUCAAUCGGUGUGAGUUGCUGACCACUCUCCCUCCACCACCCCACGACCGACGUCUUUUUCAGAUAACACUGGAAGGAUGUGAUGAUGGAGCAUUGGUGGGGGCAAUACGAGAAACAAGCCCUCUAGAGUCGUUGGUUAUUUCCAGCAUCUCAAACAUAUCCUCACUUCCCAAAUGGCCCCAACUUCCAGGGCUCAAAGCGUUGUACAUUCGUGAUUGUAAAGAUCUGGUGUCCUUGUCCAACGGUCAAGAAGGGUCGCUGCGAACCUUGACCUCUCUCUACUUACUUUCCAUCCGAAAUUGUCAAAAAUUGGAGACACUAAAUGAGGAGCUACCCACUACGCUGGAGUGUUUGAUUAUCGCAUCAUGCCCCCUUCUCAACUCAUUUUCAUUGAAGAACAUCCCUUCACUCAGUGACCUGUACAUUGAGGACUGCCCUAUGCUUCAGUCCUUGCCCGGGGAUGGGCUCCCCAGCUCUCUUAAACAUUUGCAAAUCCAAACAUGUCCCCUGUUAUCUGAGCGAUGCCAAAAGGAGGGUGGAGGAGGUCCAGAUUGGCCCAAAAUCGAGCACGUUGCUGACCUGGAGAUUCAUAAUUCCCAUAUAGUCGUCCCCUCAACAUCAGUAGCAAACCGCCCAGUACUUUGGUAUCGUCAUUUUAUAUGCUGUAGAGCUUCAUUAACUUCAUUGGAAAGAGACAUGGUGAAGAAGGCGGCAACGGAAGAAAUAUUCCUAGAGCACAAAACGAAGAAGAAAUGGGCUGAUGAGAAGACUGGCCAUCUUUGCUUCAAGUUGUACGCAAGGUCACUCUAUAUCUGUUGGAGUCAUCGUGAAUACUGGACUUGGAAAUGUUUCAAGGAAACAAGUGACGAAAACAUUGAAGUAGCCAAACUUUCGCAUGUUUGUCGUCUGGAAGUGAGAGGAAAAUUGAGUACGUCAGAGCUGUCGCCAGAAGUUGUGUAUGAAAUUGUGUAUGUGGUCAAGUUGACAAAUGGGGCUUCUGGGUGGGAACUCCCUCUCAUACUUAAACUUACACUCCCAGAUGGAAGAGUUCAAGUACGCCAAGUAAGCCUUUUGGAGAAGCCUAGAAGACAAUGGAUUGAGCUUAAUUUCGGCAACUUUCAGACCAAGAAUGGAGAAUCGGGAGAAGUGGUCUUCGGUAUUCGUGAGCGUGAAGGACGUCAUUUUAUACAUGGGAUCAUAAUUAAAGGUGCCGUCAUUAGGCCAAAACAGACCACUCUAUGAUCUCUCAAAUAAAAUGUCUUGUUUUUAGCUCCGGACCUCCUCCUCCUCUGUCUAGAGGCUAGUUGUUCAACAUAAUGUUUCUAGAUAAGUUGUAAUUCUGUUAGUUUUACUCCUUGUAAUUCACGUGGCUUCUUGAUAUUACUGUCGUUCUGUUAGUUUAACAGAUGACUGCCAUAAGAAGGAGC